GACACGCAUGCAGUCAGUGGGAAAGAAGCGUUCCCUCCCUUCUUGAGCGCGCAGCUUUUUGAGGGAACCACCGGUGAGGGGGGAAAAACCAGUCAGCGUUUUGUAGGACUUUCAGAUGAGUUCUUCUGCCUCCUUAGAAAUACUGACAUAGCUAUCACAGACCGCUUUGCGCCAGUUUAAGGACUGUUUUAGGGACAAUUUGUCUACAAGGGCCAACUGGAGCGGGCAGCUCUUAUAAUGCGGAGAGAUCAAGUCUCAGUAGUUUGUCGGUAUGAACGCAGCGCAGACGGACCCUGAGUAACUGCUCUUACGGAUUGACUGCUUGUUUGAUUGCCAUUUGAUCUUUUUUCCCCAGUGUCAAGGGAUUUUUUUUUCCUUUGUCGUGAUUUGUCCAUUAUUAAAAUAUAAAAUAAAAUUGUGGAUUACUUUUUUGGGGAUUCGAGGAUAUUUUUGGAGCUGCAUGUUUCUUUUAAAAUUUGAAUGAGGGUUUUUUACAGUUAUCCUGCGCCUGGGUCACGGAUCCGGAGAGAGGAAUUAAUCCUUGAAAAGGUGGAAAUAUUCGUGUAAUUGUAGCACAACUCAUCCUUCUUGCGGCUGAGUCCAAAAUGAAGUCUGUCACUGUGUGGAUGUGCGUCUGCACCCUUGUUCUGCUCCCAGAUGAGGCAGCAGGUUCCUGGGGUGUUCCCUCAGCUUUGCCAGUGUCUUUGGCUAACAGUGCUCCAGGAUCUUCAAGCAUCAAACCUGGGCCUGGAGCUCAGCCAGAAUGGGUAAACUGCAUCGAGGCAAGUGAAAUGUGUAACCAGGACCCUCAGUGCAGCUCUUGGUACCGAGUGAUGCGCCAGUGCCUUGUGGGCAAGGAGAAAGAUGCCAUGCUAGAUAACAACAGGGAGUGCCAGGCUGCACUGGAAGUGCUGCUGGUUAGCCCUCUGUAUAACUGCCGUUGCAAGAGGUCCUUGAAGACGGAGCAGCAGUGUCUACAGAUCUACUGGUCUAUAAACAUGGGACGCAAUGAAGAUGAAGACAUGGAAGACUUAUCUCCGUAUGAACCUGUUGCACCCAACUGGCACCCUGACACAAGCCGUCUGGCUUCCAUCUCUUCAGCAGCCGUCACAGUGACCCAGAAAGGUUUCCACUGUCCUGAUACAGAGAGGGACUGCAACCCCUGCCUUGAUGCAGCCAAAGCAUGCAACUUAAAUGGGAGCUGCAAGAGGCAACGUGCUUCUUACAUCAACAUAUGCAGCAAAGCAGACUUCAAACCCGGAGAAACUUGCAGCAGGAAGCGCUGCCAUAAGGCCCUGAAGGCUUUCAUAGACCGAGUGCCCAGUGAGUUCACCCACCGGCUGCUCUUCUGCCCCUGCCAGACUACAGGCUGCGCUGAGCGACGCAGGCAAACAAUUGUGCCCGACUGCUCCUAUAAAGAUAAGGAGAAACCCAACUGUCUGGAGCUACGGAAGGUCUGUCACCAGGACCCUCUGUGCAGGUCUAGGCUGGCUGAUUACAAAGAGAACUGCGGAAUGACUCCACACGCAGCGAGCACCUGUCCUAACCAAGACAAUCACCAAGCCUGCUUGGCCUCCUUUGCAAGGCUCGUUGGGACGGACGUGACUCCCAACUACGUGGACAGCAGCUUCUCCAACUGGACCAUCUCCCCAUGGUGCACCUGCAAGGGCAGCGGAAACCAAGAGGAGGAAUGUCAGAACUUCCUGCGGUACUUCACCAAUAACGCAUGCCUAAGAAAUGCCAUUCAGGCCUUUGGUUAUGGGAUAGACAACACACAGAACAAAAGUGGGCCUGUCCCAGGCCCCUCAGCGACACCGAAGCCAGACCCUGUAUCGACACAGGAGAUCUCAGAAAAUCUCCCCGUGACUAUCCCAAAGUAUCACCAACCAAGAGGUGGUGUCGUGGACCUGGGAGAGGAUCACUCUUCUUGUCUCUAUGCCAAUGUCUGGGCUCUGCUUCCCAGCCUGGCUUUGGCUCUGGUCCUGGCCCAGCAUGCCUUAUAGAAGCGCCAGGAGGAGAAAAAAGAGGUCAUCCACCCACAAGCUGAUCCCAAAUGCAGAAGGUGUUAUUCCUGAGACUGAUAUUAAGAAGGCUGAAUCUCUGGACAGAUGACAUGGAUGGCAUUUACGAAAGAGAAAAACAAAAGGCCGAGAGAGGUGGAAAUGACUGAAAUUUUAUAACUGUGAAUUUGUUGUUCAUUUAUCGUAUCAUUCGGGCAGACCGCAACUGUGAUGGAGCACAUGGCUUUACAAAAGACCCUUGGUAUGAGAGGCCACGAAGGCCACUCUCUGACUGAGUCACGAAAAAAACCCGGAGGACUGAAGCUGCUCAUGUCAGAGACUUCUGCACUUUUCUCACCAAAGGAGGGCGAGAGGGGGGGGAAUGAACAACACAAUUAAAAGAAGGCAAGGCAGGAUUGGCAGAAAAGAAAUUGUUGCAAAGAGAAAAGGAGUGAGUUUGAAGUAAAUGUCAUAUAGUGAGAUGGGAAAAAAAGAAGGAAUUUUUUUUUUUGCUUUGGGUCUUGAACUUGUUCUUGACUUAAUCUUCUCUUGGAUGAACAGACCGCACAUUUAGAGGCAUGGAUGGGGGAUGAUUACGUUCUGUUUCUUCAAAUCUAGUGUAAACUCUAAAUUGUAAAGCCUACUCAAUGUUCUAAGUGUUGGUAUAGUAUCUGUGACCAUAAUCAAUCUACAGUACCGAGCUUUCAUUUGGGUGCUACAGUAUACCUUUUAAGCAGGCAGCGAAAAGAGCUAAAGGCGGCCGUGUUAAACAGUUAAUGGUCUUAUGGUCAUUUAAGAUGUUGUUGAUAACUGUGGGUGUUCGCCAUAUGUCCACCCGCACACGUGUAUAUUUCUGUCUCUAUGUAUAUAAACAACACUUUUUCUUUCAUUCAGCCUAAUGAUAUCUAGUACCUUUAAAGGACAUUAUUGUAUGCACAGGUGGCUCUGUAUUGGUACUGAAGGAAGGAUUUCAUUAUCUGCAUUUAUAUUUGUCUAUUAAGGUUUGAUCACAAAGAAUGUAUACAGGGAUAAAAUUAAACGAGCUCCAACUGCUUGAAAAAGCCAUAAUCUGUGUGUGAAUAUUGUAAUAUUUGUUUACUGUGUGUGUCUGUGUGUGUACAAACUCAUUACAAUGUGUGAAUGGGUUUACAAGCAGGAGAAAAGUAGCUUGUGAGGAGCAUUUUGAAUUGCCCAUGUGGGGGUUCAUUUUGCCCCGUCAGACAGCAGAGGUUAUGAUGCAUGUUGUAAUUGGAGACUAAAAUCACCCUCCAGUUCUGGUAAGCGUUUUUGGGAACUUCCAGCUCUGCUGUUCCCAAUUUUAAGGGUCUCUGAAGUUUUUCUUAAUUCAGUUUUUGUCCAGAGGAGUGGAGAAGAGUGAUAACAGCCUCUCACUAACAGAUUGAGCCCGUGUGAGUGUGUGUGACUGCCUCUUAUUAUUGAUGAUUAUUAUUAGUAUUAUUAACACAGACAUGUGAAAAUGUCAGGCUGUCCUUUAAAUGGCUUCCUUUUGAUAGGAAAUUGUUCCACACGAGCAAAUUUGUUUUCACUCUUCAGAAAAGGAGCUGAUGUCUUCAGCUGCUUGGUGUCCACUGUUAAAAGGACAUGAAAGUCAUUCUGUGUACAACUUAGCCACAAUCUUUUGGACAUAGCUAUAAAAGAGCACAUUUGCAAACAAGAUGAGGCAGAAUGCAUGAUGUUACGCCCAUAAGAAUAUUAUUUUGCCCAUCAUGCAUUGUGUUUGUUUUCGAAACACACGCUCUGACAGAUGCUGAAAGAACAACAACAAAAAAUCAAGACUUGCGCUGGCAUCUUUGCAGAUGAGAGACAUUUUUUUAGGUGUUCAUGCUUACAUAAUUUUCCACUGCUCUGAAUGAAUGUUACCAGUAGUUUCACCAAAAGAAAAAGUUUUUAUUUUCAAACAGCACAUCAAGUGUAGUGUUGUGCCACAUUAAUGCAUGCUAUAGAACCAAACAGCUUUGUGUUAGCAGCCAGGGUUUAGAAAAGGUUUACUAUCUGCCCGGGUCAUGAAUGUUGCAUGAAACUCAGCUCAGUGUGCUUUCACCACCACGGGCUGGUUCGGUCUGGCAGAAAUUACAGUUAUUUCCUAAACUGGUGAGUUUAUUGCAGUUACUGCUGUGAAAUGGCAAAAAUCUCAGCACAAUAUUUUUCUUUGCCUUCCACAUCAACACAUUUUCAUAAACCAACCAUGAUGUUUUUGGCUAUAGAUAGAUAGAUAUCCAUUA